CUUACACACCCCUCUCCUCUCCCUCUCUCUCCCCUCUCCUUGUAUUUUUCUGUCCUCCCCCCCCCCUCUUCAUCCUCCUGCCUGCUCUCUGGCGCUGAAGACCUGCGCGCGCGCCCGGCCUCCUUCCUCCUCCUCCGGCCCUCCAUCAUACGCACCCGGCACCAUGGACCAGCCCGAGUCGCAUCUCUUUGACAAAAUCAUUUACGCCAACAAGACGCGUGGCCGUUUCAAGGUCAGCGUCAAAGGCCUGGCCUUCCAGUCGAGCGAGCAGCCAACCGCCCAGUCGGUCGGCGGCUCCGGAGCUGGGGCCACCGACUCGACUGAGGUGUCCUUCCUGCCCAUCCAGGCGGCCAACAUCCGCCGCGUCACCUACAGCAAGGCGGCCAGCCGGGGGAACCAGCUGCGUGUCGAGCUGAACGACGGCAAUGUCCAUCGCUUCGAGGGUUUCACUCGUGAUGACAUCACCAUCAUCGGGCGCUUUACUCGGCAGAACUACGAUUUGGAGCUGACCCCGGUCGAGCACAACGUCCGCGGGCACAACUGGGGUGACGUGGACUUCAAGCAUUCGCACAUGGUCAUGACCUCGGCCCAGCGCGAGCUCUUCCUGCUGCCCUACUCGGACAUCAUCUCCACAACCAUCAUGAAGAAUGAGGUGACCCUGGAGAUGAAGCCGGUGGCCGAUGCCCGGUCCAAUUCCGAACAGCUGGUGGACAUCCGCUUCUUUGUGCCCCAGGGCGCCAGCGGUGUGCCGAAGCCCAGUGCCGAUGAGGAUGACACCAAUGUCACCGACGAUGAUGAGGGUGCCGAGACCACCAACCGUGGCGCCCUUACCUCGGCCGGGAUCUUCUACGAACAUGUGAAGGAGCGCAUCGAGGCUGAGGGCGGUGGCGCGUUCGGCCUCGCCGCCUCGGGGGCCAGCUCCAAGAUUGCCACCCUGAGUGAGCUGUCGCUGCUGAUUCCCCGUGGCCGCUUCGAUGUGGUGUUCUACGAGGACUUCCUGCGUCUGCAUGGAAAAACCUACACCCACCGCAUCAAGUAUGAGCAGAUCCUCACGGCGCUGCGCCUGCCGAUGGGCGACUCGUCCACCGACUACGAGGAGGAGACAGUCUACUAUGUGCUUGGUCUGAAGACCCCCAUCCUCCAGGGGCAGACCUCCUACGAGUAUGUCAUUAUCAGUGUCCCGGGCUUCUGGGUUCGCCCCGGCAUGCCGGAUGCCCUUCCCCUCGGCGAGGACUACCGCACUGUCGAAGUCAGCCUCACGGACGAAGUCCGCGAGAAGUUGCUGAUCCGGUCGAAGCAUGCCCCUGGGGUGCCGAUGGUGCAGGACCUCUACGAGAACCGCCCCCUCGGGUCAAUCCUGCAUGAUCUCCUCACCGGCCUGGCCUCGGUGGCCGUGUCGCUGCCUGUGCCGCUUACCAUGCCGGUCCCGGACGAUGAGGACAGUGCCAAGUUCCUCCCCCCGGCCGAGGGCUGGGGCGGCAUCAAGUGCUCUUACAAGGCCUUCGGUGGUGGGCGCCUUUACCCCGUGCGCAAUGGCUUGCUCUAUGUCCCGCGGCCGACGGUGAUGAUCAACUUCCGCGAUGUCCUGAGCGUCAAGUUCCUGCGUAUCACCAAGCGCCAGGCUGGCUACUCCAAUGAGGGAACCUUCGAUGUGCAGUUCACCAUGCGCAGUGACGCAUCGCACGAUUUCCGCCAGCUCCCUGCCGGAAUACUCCGUCCGUUCUGCACCUUCCUGGAGAACAACCGCGUGCUCGUCCCCUCGGAGGCCGGUCUGGAUGACGGAUCGGACUAUGACGAGGAGCGCGGCCCGAUCAAGCGCCAGCGCACUGGCCCCGACAUGGCCGAUGGCGGCCCGGACGAUGACAGCGAGGAGGACACGGACUUCGUUCCCUCGGAGAGUGGAUCCGACUCGGGGUCCGCCUCCUCGGGCAGCUCGUCGUCUGAUGAUGAUUACUCCGAUUAAUUAUGACGCAUGUGUGGGAGCUCCUCUGCACCACGCUCCCCCCCUCCCCCUCAAGUCGACUGGGCUGGAGCGAGGGGGGGAGG